AUGCCAAAAUCCAGGGUUCAACAGAUUGACCUGGAAGAGCGGGUUGGACAGACACAAGCAAAGCAAAACACCUCGAUCAGCAUCCUAGACCCCGCAAUCUACAUUUCCCGAAGUCACAAGGGCUGGGACCAUCAAACAAGCGAGAAAAAGAGCCACGAUGAGGAGGAAAGUAGCGAGCCGGAGUGGGACUAUCUUCACUUCAGGGCCAGUUUCACCCUCGAGGUCGAGAUUCUAGGCUUUGAAAAAGCUCCUCAGCAAUACAACAAGUUCUUCGAUUCCAUAUCCAUCCGCUAUCUGUACAAGGAGAAGGAACACCAUUUGUGGUAUCCUGAGAGGGAUGAGCCCGUGGACGCCGACAUCUCCAAUGAGACGACAACGACCACCGGUGCCAGUCUCGGUGUAGGCAUGGCAGGCACCAUACCGAUUCCUGCACCCGAAGUUCACGUGCAAAAGGACCGCAAAUUGACUGUGGCACGGAAGAUGCGAAGUUGGCGCAAGGGCGUAUCUAUGGAGAAGUUUCAUGUCGUGUCCAAUGGCGUGACCCCUAAAGAACACCCCUGCCCCAAGGACUCGGGAGACUACAAAGAAUCCGUGCACUGGGACUACCAAAUCGAAUCCAAGCGGCACAGCUGGGUCCCCGAGAUCUACGAGAGCGUCGCGAUCCCGAUCACCGUCGAGCGAAUCGUCCCGAUCCCUUCAGACGCCAAAACCCCCUUCACCGACGACGAAUGCGAGCUCCUGAUGCACUUUGAUUUCCAGAUCAAGACGCGACUGCGUGGCAUGAGCCCUCUGUUCCCCCUCUUCACCAACUUCAGUAAACCGGCCGAGUACCGGUACGACUCAGAUACGGGCCAGCGGUUCCCGCUGGAUCGCUAUUCGGUCUGCCUGUUUGGAUAUUGUCCAGGGACCUGUCUGCCUGAGGGGCCGACGAUCGACCUCGAUGAGGCCAUCAAGGCCUUUUACAAGGCAGCCAGGGAGAAGCAGCACCACAACCCGUUCUUCCUGCCGUCCGACGAGGUCCUGGAGGAGGACUUUUUGUAUCCUGCCAAAAUGGCGACGUUUACGAAGCGGCGCAAGCUCGCGGACCAGCGGCGCAGGAUGAGGACCGCCAGGCUGGACAGGGAACGAGCAGAGGCGGAAGAACGGGAGCGAGACAGGCUCAGAGCAGCAGAGGCAGAAGAAUGGAGAGGGGAACGAGCGCGGGCGAAGCUGAAAAAGAAAAAGGUCUACCGUGGACGAACCGAAUAUUCAGAGUAUCCUCCUCCACCAUUACCAUCACCGGUCGCGCGCGAUGCUGGUUCCGCCGAGUCGGACGACUAUGUCCUGCUACCCUUGCGUCCCGGCAGCCCAGAGUAUCCUCUGCCUUCUUCUUCUUCUCCUCCUCAACCACCGCCACCUCCACCACGUGCAGAAUCGGACGACCCCGACGACUACAUCAUCCCUCCCGAGAGACUAAAAGCCGCGGCCGAGACCGCCGCCGCCGCAGGAGCGAAAGAACGGCUCGAAGCACACCUGCACCACCUACCAUACCACUACGAGCGAUUCCCGUUCCAUGAGCGCCAACGCCGUCACGAUGGCGCGAUGAGCGAGUUUGAAGAGGAACCCCGACCAGACACGAUCAAGCCGACUCCAAGACCACCUCCGCCGCCCGAGGCGAGGCGGCGCCCAUGCCCCCCACGUCACGAGCCAGAGCCGCCAGGUCGCCCGGACCAGCCGCCACCGAAUGUCAUCGAGGUCGAACCGGCGCGUGUGACAAGGACGCAGCGACAAGAGCAGUGA